GUGAACAAUGUGGCCUCGAUGACGUUCCUGUGGAGGGCUGUAACUCACAGUCUGAUGGCCUCGGCGGACAGCGAGGUGAAAACCCUCCUCAACUUCGUCAACUUGGCCUCCAGCGACAUCAAGGCCGCCCUGGACAAAUCGGCCCCCUGCCGCCGCUCCGUCGACCACAGGAAGUACCUGCAGAAGCAGCUCAAACGCUUCUCGCAGAAAUACUCCCGCCUGCCCCGAGGCCACCACUCCCUGCAGCCGCCGCCGCCGCCGCCGCCACACGCCAGGGAGCGAAAGGCGCCUGAGGAGAGAGCGAGAGGCCCGAGCGCCGAGGGCGCGGAGUCCCCCGUGGGCCUGAGCAGCAACUGCGAGCACAAGGCCUGCAAGGCCGCAGAGCCCGGCAGCGAGCGGCAGCAGAGCGCCUCUGAGGCGACAGCCAGGCCCGACCAAGUGCCCAUGAGGAAAAGACAGCUGCCCGCCUCGUUUUGGGAAGAGCCCCGGCCGGCUGCGGGCCCGCUCGGCGUCAGCGCAGGGGCCUUCCGAACGGGCACCUCCGCCUCCUCGAAGGACGCAGCCCUUUAUGAGGAAAAGAAAAGUAAAAAAGCGCCCGAGGGCGCCAAGGUCGCGGCUUCCGACAGCCCCUCGAGCGGGCCUGAUAAGGCCCUGAGUGCCUGGAGCUGCUGCCCUUUUCAGUACCACGGACCACAAGCCUCCCCCGGCGGCGUCUACCCGCCGGCCCUCACAGCCGCCCUCCCACCCGCUGCCCCUUUCUCGGGCUUGGGGCUCUGGAGGAAAAGCGCAGCCUCCUCCACGGAAGGGGCCGCUUUCUUGAAGCCGGGCGGCGGCGGGGCGGGCCAGAAGAUACACCGGCCCGUAGUGUGGAAACCGAUCCCCACCAAGCCAGCCGCGCCGCCGCCCAUCUUCAGCGUCUUUGGGUACAUUUAG